UGCAGAACGUAGACGGGGUCUUUAAAUGGGACACGAACCGAUAUACCGCUCAGCACUCAACUUUUUAAAUAUUUUAGUCGAUCUCUACAAGCAAUGUUCCAAGUCUGAAUAAAUCAAGGCAUAUGGAACUACACCAAGGAAUUUUCGUACUGGUCUUUCUGGCUUCGUUUUGUAGCUGCAACGACGAUGGUCACCAAUCGGUUGUCAUAGAAACUCCAUCGGGACCAGUCCGGGGCUACCAUGAGGCGCUCAAUGACGAUCUCUAUGUCCAUCGUUUUAUUAAGAUUCCAUACGCUCAUCCUCCUUUAGGAGACCUCAGAUUCAAAAAACCAAAACCAGUCGGAAGAUGGACGGAGGAACAAGGAAUUCCAGAUAAAUACGGACCAGCGUGUAUGCAACAAGAGAUUGGUCUUAACUUAGAGUUCAAUCCAGAAUGCUCUGAAGACUGUCUCUAUCUCAACAUUUAUGUCCCAGGAGACGUGUCACGUGACAGACGUCUGUCCGUCAUGCUGUUUAUCCACGGGGGUGGGUUUGUCAUAGGAUCUGCUGGAGAACACAAUGGCCAGAGACUGGCAGCCCAGGGAGAUGUCAUAGUCGUAACAAUCAAUUACAGACUUGGGUUGUUCGGUUUUCUUAAUCUACUUGAUCCUAUAGCCAAAGGUAAUUAUGGUCUUUGGGAUCAAAUGGCGGCAAUACGCUGGGUACAUGAGAAUAUCGAGGCAUUCGGAGGAAACCCCGACUCGGUCACCAUUUUUGGAGAAUCAGCUGGUGGAAUGAGCGUUCAUUACCAAACAUUAAUACCAGCAAAUAUUGAAAUGUUUCAUAGAGCAAUUUCCAUGAGUGGAGUUGUGAAUAGACAGUCAAUUGCAAAGAAUGACGACCUUCAAAAAGUUCUUAAUAUGAUUUCAGACAAAACAGAUUGUAAACAGGAAAACAAGGCCGAACUCUUGAAAUGUCUACAAAAACUUCCUCCAGCAGAUAUUCUUGGAAUCAUAAAUGUUUAUGAGUUGAUGACACCAGGCAACUUUACAUUAGAGAUGCUGAUGGGUCCUAGCAUAGAUGGAGAAUUAAUCAACGGGCAGCUGUAUGAGACCAUGCACCACAGGUCGUUACCCGGGACCAGCUUCUUUCGGUCUCUAGAUUUCAUGUCUGGUACAACCAGUGCAGAGGGAUCCUUGCUGUAUUUCUCGCUCUUGCCCGAUUUCCAGGAAACCUUUAACUUUUCCGUCCAGGACGGGAUCCCAAGACGUGCGCUGUGUGAAGCCAUCAUACCGGGGCUAAUACAGGAAUUGUAUGGCAACAAACCGGACCUGUCUCAGAGACUGUGCGAGUUUUACACCUCUGACAAAGGGAACGACGAUCAAAGCAAUCGAGCGACGGACUUUUAUGGAGACCUUUGUAUGGUGACCCCCACCACCAGUGCACUUAUUGCACACGGCAGAAAGAACACAGCACACAGGACCUACAACUACAUCCUCUCUGCCCCAAGCCCGGCACCAUUUGGACCCCCGCCCCCGGCAUGGUUCAGGGGAGCAGGGCAUGCGGACGAUCUCUACCUUUUGUUUGAUAUGCCCAAUGUACGCACUGAAAAUCGCACCGAUGAGAGACACACAACACUCAGCUCGAGGAUUAUUCGCUACUUCGCAAACUUUGCCAAAACAGGAGAUCCAAAUUCUGAGGAAUUGCCCGUGACAUGGCCUCCAUAUGAUGUCGAGACGCGCGAAUAUCUGGAUUUUGACUUUGAACUUUCAGUCAAAAAAGACUUCCAUGUUGACGCCACAAGAAUAUUUCAGCCACAACUACGGGAGCUCUUCCAAAAUGAAAAGCAGGAGCUGUGAUUUUGAUCUCAUUAAAUAAGAAAGUAAAAAUGUACUUACCUGGUCUAUUUUUUAUCUCUUGUAAUAUCAUAAUGAUAGAACAAUCUUUUAACUAUAACGAGUGUGUUCCCGUUUUGCACACAUUUGAUAAUUGGGUAUAGAACAAUGAGUGUGAUUUGUGUUGUAAUAGCAAUUAUAGUCUGCUUUCAAUCAAAGAAUUUACCUGGAUUUUUACCUGUGUUUUAUCAGCGCCUAACAAUGAAUUAGCAAAAAUAUUUUGUUGUGUUUUAUGUCUGAUUAUUAAUAACUCACCAUUUUUUUCAUUUGAUCAGAUGAAAUAAAGAUAAUGAUAUUUUUA